AUGAGUAGAAGAAGAGGAAAUACUAUACGAAAAGUGCAAGAUUUAGAAAGGACAUUAAGAAGAAAAGGAGGGAAAAUAAAAACCAUUUAUGAAAAGGACAAUGAUAUAGAGAUUAAAAACAUAAUUGACGAAAAAGUAAAAUACAUCUGGGAUUAUAUUAACAACAUUGAUGAUAUAAUAGAUGAUAAUGAUUUUUUAAAAGAGGAGAUAAGACAAAAAAUAGAAAAAAAGCAGAGCUUAAAACUAACAGAAGAAUUUGACGAAAUAAUAUAUUAUAAUAAAAAUCUUAAAAAUUUUAUUAAUAUACAAAAAAUAAGAAAAGCAUUGUAUCAUUUUAAUAUAAAAGUAAAUAUUGAAGAUAUUGUAAAUAUGUUUUUAUAUUACACCAAUAAUCAAUAUUUUAAAAAAAUUUUGGAAAAUCAGAUCUAUUCUAAUGAUUGCAUUGACAGAAACAAAUGUAAGCGGAAAUUUCCUUCCAUGGAUAUUGCUAAUUUAUAUAUUAAUUAUGAAAUGUUUAAACAUAUUUUUUUGAAUAUUGAUUUGAAUAUUGAAAAUAACGGGAAAAUUUGGUAA